AUGGCGCAGUUCCGAGGCCGGCCGCUGGGGGCGCUGCUUGGGGCGCUGUGCGCGCUGGCGCUGGCGCGGGCGGCGGGCGCGGCGGCGGCGCGCGCGGCGGGCUCGGUGCGCCUGGCGGGCGGCCUGACGCUGGGGGGCCUGUUCCCGGUGCACGCGCGGGGCGCGGCGGGCCGGGCGUGCGGGCCGCUCAAGAAGGAGCAGGGCGUGCACCGGCUCGAGGCCAUGCUGUACGCGCUGGACCGCAUCAACGCCGACCCGCGCCUGCUGCCCGGCGUGCGCCUGGGCGCGCGCCUGCUGGACACGUGCUCGCGGGACACGUACGCGCUGGAGCAGGCGCUGAGCUUCGUGCAGGCGCUGAUCCGCGGCCGCGGCGACGGCCCCGAGGCGGCCGUGCGCUGCCCCGACGGCGCGCCCCCGCUGCGCGCCGCGCCCCCCGAGCGCGUGGUGGCCGUGGUGGGCGCCUCCGCCAGCUCCGUGUCCAUCAUGGUGGCGAACGUGCUGCGCCUGUUUGCGAUCCCCCAGAUCAGCUACGCCUCCACGGCCCCCGAGCUCAGCGACUCCACCCGCUACGACUUCUUCUCCCGCGUGGUUCCGCCCGACUCCUACCAAGCCCAGGCCAUGGUGGACAUUGUCCGGGCAUUAGGCUGGAACUACGUGUCCACGCUGGCCUCGGAGGGCAAUUACGGCGAGAGCGGAGUGGAGGCUUUUGUGCAGAUAUCCCGGGAGGCUGGGGGAGUGUGCAUCGCUCAGUCCAUCAAGAUUCCACGGGAACCCAAGCCCGGAGAGUUCGACAAGGUCAUCAGGAGGCUCCUGGAGACGCCCAACGCCCGCGCCAUCAUCAUCUUUGCCAACGAGGAUGACAUCAGGAGGGUUCUGGAAGCUGCUCGCCAAGCCAACCUGACUAACCACUUCCUGUGGGUGGGCUCGGACAGCUGGGGAGCCAAGACCGCCCCCAUCCUGCACCUGGAGGACGUGGCCCAGGGGGCCAUCACCGUCUUGCCCAAAAGGGCCUCCAUUGAUGGAUUUGACCAUUACUUUACGACCCGUUCCCUGGAGAACAAUCGGCGGAAUAUCUGGUUUGCUGAAUUCUGGGAAGAAAAUUUUAACUGCAAACUCACCGGCUCACAUACCCAGCCAGAUGAUCCCACCCGCAAGUGUACAGGUGAGGAACGCAUUGGCCGGGACUCCAGCUAUGAGCAGGAAGGGAAGGUGCAGUUCGUCAUCGACGCCGUGUACGCCAUCGCCCACGCGCUGCACAACAUGCACCAGGUGCUGUGUCCCGGCCUCGCGGGCCUGUGUCCGGCCAUGGAGCCCACGGACGGGCGGACGCUGCUGCAGUAUAUCCGUGCCGUCCGCUUCAACGGCAGCGCGGGGACUCCCGUGAUGUUCAAUGAAAACGGAGACGCCCCAGGGCGCUAUGACAUCUUCCAGUACCAGGCCGCCAACGGGAGCGCGGGCAGCGGCGGGUACCAGGCCGUGGGCCAGUGGGCAGAGGUGCUGCGGCUGGAUGUGGAGGCGCUGCAGUGGUCCGGGCAGCGCCAGGCGGUGCCCGCGUCUCUCUGCAGCCUCCCGUGCCCGGCGGGCGCCCGCAAGAAGAUGGUGAAGGGCGUGCCCUGCUGCUGGCACUGUGAGGCGUGCGACGGCUACCUCUACCAGCUGGACGAGUUCACGUGCCAGGCGUGCCCGGGCCACCUGCGGCCCAGCGCCAACCACACGGGCUGCCGGCCCACGCCCGUGGUGCGCCUGAGCUGGGCCUCGCCCUGGGCGGCGCUGCCCCUGCUCCUGGCCGUGCUGGGCAUCCUGGCCACCACGGCCGUGCUGGCCACCUUCGUGCGCCACCACGAGACGCCCAUCGUGCGGGCGUCGGGCCGCGAGCUGAGCUACGUGCUCCUGGCCGGCAUCUUCCUGGUCUACGCGCUGACCUUCCUGAUGGUGGCCGAGCCGGGCGUGGCCGUGUGCGCCGCGCGCCGCGUGCUGCUGGGCCUAGGCACGGCGCUCAGCUACUCGGCGCUGCUCACCAAGACCAACCGCAUCUACCGCAUCUUCGAGCGCGGCAAGCGCUCCGUCACGCCGCCGCCCUUCAUCAGCCCCACCUCGCAGCUCGUCAUCACCUUCAGCCUCACAGCCGUGCAGGUGGUGGGUGUGAUGGCCUGGAUGGGGGCCCAGCCCCCCAAAAGCAUCAUCGACUACGAGGAGCAGCGGACGGUUGACCCGGAGCAGGCCCGUGGGGUGCUCAAGUGCGACAUGUCGGACGUGUCUCUCGUGGGCUGCCUGGCCUACAGCCUGCUGCUCAUGGUGACCUGCACCGUGUACGCCAUCAAGGCGCGGGGCGUCCCCGAGACCUUCAACGAGGCCAAGCCCAUCGGCUUCACCAUGUACACCACCUGCAUCAUUUGGCUGGCCUUCGUUCCCAUCUUCUUCGGCACUGCCCAGUCGGCCGAGAAGAUCUACAUCCAGACCACCACGCUGACGGUGUCCCUGAGCCUGAGUGCCUCGGUGUCCCUCGGCAUGCUCUACAUCCCCAAGGCCUACACCAUCCUCUUCCACCCCGAGCUGAACGUGCAGAAGCGGAAGCGGAGCCUCAAGACAACCCCGACGGUGACAGUGGCUCCGCCCAAGGGCCAGCAGGCCGAGGACCCCCAGUAGCGAGUGGGGGUGGCUGGGGGACAGCGCCCACCGGGAGGACAGGGCCCUUUUCUUGCCUCCUCUUGCCUCACUUCCUUGGGUUGUGGAGUAUCCAGCUCUUCAGGGAGAGGGGUCAGGGGUCCGCAGAGGGAAGGGCGGCCGGGCAGAGCUCGUGCCAGGCGCUAUACUGGACCCCAGCCUGUUUGUGCACCGUGUCGCCCUUCCUGCCUGCACUCGAGGUCUCUGCACACACAAAGGGAACAAGAGGACCCCACCCAAGAGAGGGACUGAAUAUCCUCUCAUGUAGAGGUCAUCAUAAAGGCAUGGACUGGCCCAGUCGGAUAGUCAAAAGUCCCCCUGGUAGCACACAGAAGCUAUGCUUGGCUAUGAGCUCACGAGCGCCCCCUGAUGGUGCUGGGGAGGUUUCCUGGCUCUGGCUCAGGAAUGCCCCCUGGUGGUGAUAAUGGGGUACUCCUGGCUCUGAGUUUAGGAGCGCCCCCUAGUGGUGAUUAGGGGAUCUAGUUCUGGUUCUGUGCUCAGAGCUCUCUGUACGACCCAAUUAAUCUAUGUGAACUUCAUGAGGAAUGCCUUCCCCCAAUUUGUGGACAUAGUAAAGUAUGUCAUGUGGGUUCGUCUAUGUUGUAUACAAAGUGCACUCUCUUUGUCAUUGCUCUCCAUGCCGCUGCUAUCAAAUAGUUUUCCCUUGGUACGAACAUUCUUUUCCAGUGAAGGGGGUUCUCGAGGGAGAACUUUCUACAUUACAACCACAGUAUUUCUCUCCGUUUUGAGUUCUCUCAGAGUCUCACUAUAUUUUGCUAUAAACUUUUAAUUACUUAUCUGUAAGGGUAAUACCCAUGUCCUACAUACUGAAAUUUCUAAUAAGGGCUUUUAAAAAUGUUUGAUAUAUUUGUAUUUUUCGCUGCUGGGAAUUUGGGAACAGAUUCAUUAAUCAUAGCUUUGUCACAUGCAUUACAUUGU